AUGAAACGAAGAGCGGAUCUGAUUUUAAAGAUGUUAGAGCACAAAAAAGAGGAAGAGGAAAUUAUUAGCUAUAACAAAGAGAAUAUUUCUUCUAAGGUGAAUGUUGCAGAUAAUGAUGGAAAUACAAUUGAAUCACUAAAACGAAAUAGACCUAAUAGUGAUAAACGAGAGCUGACCUGCAAUGCUAUAGAUGUAGAAAAAAAUACUGAAAAUGAUACCUUCGAAGAUGAAACACUUGCCAAGAAUUUUAGGACCCGGAAUUCAUCGACGUCUUCAAGCUCUUCCUCUUCAAGCUCUUCCUCUUCAAGCUCUUCGUCUUCAAGCUCGUCACCUUCAACCACAAAGUUAAGUUCAUCUAACUCGUCGACUUCUAUAGAUCGUUCUGAUAAGAAGCAACAUGCCGCUCCUCCAUUAAGUCCAAACCCGAGUACCAGCAAGGAACAUGCUCCCCGUUGUUCGUCAAGCCCAAAGCCGAGUACUAGCAAGGAACAUGCUCCCCGUUGUUCGUCAAGCCCAAAGCCGAGUAACAGCAAGGAACAUGCUCCCCGUUGUUCGUCGAGCCCAAAGCCGAAUAACAGCAAGGAACAUGCUCCCCGUUGUUCGUCGAGCCCAAAGCCGAGUAACAGCAAGGAACAUGCUCCCCGUUGUUCGUCGAGCCCAAAGCCGAGUACCAGCAAGGAACAUGCUCCCCGUUGUUCGUCGAGCCCAAAGCCGAGUAACAGCAAGGAACAUGCUCCCCGUUGUUCGUCGAGCCCAAAGCCGAGUAACAGCAAGGAACAUGCUCCCCGUUGUUCGUCGAGCCCAAAGCCGAGUAACAGCAAGGAACAUGCUCCCCGUUGUUCGUCGAGCCCAAAGCCGAGUAACAGCAAGGAACAUGCUCCCUGUUAUCCGUCGAGCCCAACGCCUUGUACCAGCAAGAAACAUGCUUCCCGUUGCUCACCGAGCCUAUUAGGGCCGAACUAUCAAAUAUCACCUAUUCACACUGAUGAAAGUGAUGUAGACCUCAGCGACUCUGAUCCUACGUUUAGGUUAGAUAGCAAUAAAGGUGAGGAUGCUUCAUCAUCUGAAUCUGUUUCCCAUUCUUCUGCCACUGAAAGUAAUGGCAAAAAGAAAAAAACUAGAAAACGCUUGAGAAAUCCCUCUAAGUGGAUACAGAAUGAAGUUAAACGAUUGAGAAAUGCGGGAAAAGCCUAUCAAUCCCUUUCAAAAACAAAAAAAAAAUAUUUCGGAGCGUAG